AUGUCUGAAUACUGGGUAGCACACAAGAAGUACUUCUGCAAGUAUUGCAACAUCUACAUCGCAGACGAUGCACCCUCGCGCCGGCAACACGAGACGGGCCUUCGGCAUAAGGGCAAUGUCGAACGAUUCGUUCGCGGGCUCUACAAAGCCGGAGAGAAGCGGAAACAUGACUUGGAGGAGGAAAAACGCGACAUGGCGCGCGUGGAAAAGGCAGCAGAAGCAGCAUACGCGCAAGAUGUGAGCGCAGGUCUGGUCAAGCCUGGGAGCAGCAACGCCGUCGCAGGACCGAGUUCCGCGGUUGCAGCCUCCAAACCCGUGGCUAGUAUGAAGCCAUCGAAUCCCUUCGCGAACUAUACCACAGCCGAGUCCCUGGGAUACACGGAUCCGGACGAGGAGCGACGUCUCGCCGAAGCCGCACUGAGACAGAAGGAAGGCGUCGCUGGAGAAUGGCAGUUCGUGGAGGUAGUGGAACCGCGCCCAGCGGCCGAAGAGUCUGGUGUGCCUAGCGGCGAUUACGCGAAACAGGAGCCAGGAGUGGAGGGACCGAGCACGGGCGAGAAACGGCCAGCAGAAGAGCCGGUGGACGAGGAGGACGCGAGAGGAUGGAAGCUACGGCGGAAGAAGAUCAACGUCGGCCUGGGCGAACUGUACGACCCCGGCGCACUCCCGAUCAAGCUCAAGGCGAAGAAGGAGGAGCCGGGAGAGGGUGGUCUUCCCCAGGGAGGUGGCUUCAGUGCGGUGGCGGGAGGCGGGCUGCCGCCGCUUGGUGGAACUGAGAAGCCAAAUUGGUCCGCUCGCGGCUGGAACAAACCUGGGGCUGCGCCACGAAGUACCGUCACUCCCGAACCCGCGGGCUCUUCCAGCGGACAGGGAAACCAGCCCGGAGAUGGAGAGACGCAGCCUGAGGUUAAGGCGAAGGACGGGCUACCUGAGAGCAAUGGCCAUCAGCCACAGUCCGACCCCGACACGUCCCUCCCUCUGAAGGCAGAAGUGGAUCAACUCCCUGUAAAGUCAGAACCCGCCGACGUGGAGGCGCCACCACCGGUACCAUCUGGAGGUUCUAUGUUCAAGAAGCGGAAAGCACCUGCGGGAGGGAGCAGGGGUGGGAGACGAAUUGAGGGUCGUUGAUUCGCGUAUUGUUCACGAUGGACAUAGGAAUCCCGUGUAUACUCUGACCUGUAAUUCUAUGCUAACUCG